CUGGAGAGAGUUCAGAUUCCCAGGUUGAUACAGAGCUCCCUCCCAGAACUCUGCCAUGUAUAUAAACUCUGAGCUCUCCAAAGCCCACUGCCAGUUCUCUUCGUGGACUAACUGCAACGGAGAGACUAGAGAUGAUUCCUCUCUUACCCAUAUUUUCUCUGUUCUUGUUCGUUGUGGUUAACCCUGCAAAUGCCAAUGGUCAUUAUGACAAGAUCUUGGCUCACAGCCGUAUCAGGGGCCGGGAUCAGGGCCCAAAUGUCUGCGCCCUUCAACAGAUUUUGGGCACCAAAAAGAAAUACUUCAGCACUUGUAGGAACUGGUAUCAAGGUGCCAUCUGUGGAAAGAAAACGACUGUGUUAUAUGAAUGCUGCCCUGGUUAUAUGAGGAUGGAAGGAAUGAAAGGCUGCCCAGCAGUUAUGCCUAUUGAUCAUGUUUAUGGGACCCUGGGCAUUGUGGGAGCCACCACCACGCAGCGUUAUUCUGAUCUCUCAAAACUGAGGGAAGAGAUCGAAGGAAAGGGGUCGUUCACUUACUUCGCACCAAGUAACGAGGCUUGGGACAACCUGGAUUCUGAUAUCCGUAGAGGUUUGGAGAGCAAUGUAAAUGUUGAAUUAUUGAAUGCUUUACAUAGCCACAUGGUUAAUAAGAGAAUGUUGACCAAGGACUUGAAAAACGGCAUGAUUGUUUCUUCAAUGUAUAACAAUUUGGGGCUCUUCGUUAACCAUUAUCCUAAUGGGGUUGUCACUGUUAACUGUGCUCGAAUUAUCCAUGGGAACCAGAUUGCAACAAAUGGCGUUGUGCAUGUCAUUGACCGUGUCCUUACACAAAUCGGUACCUCAAUUCAGGACUUUAUUGAAGCAGAAGAUGACCUCUCAUCUUUUAGAGCAGCUGCCAUCACAUCUGAUGUAUUGGAGGCCCUUGGAAGAGAUGGUCACUUCACACUCUUUGCUCCCACCAAUGAAGCUUUUGAGAGACUUCCACGAGGGGUUCUAGAAAGGAUCAUGGGAGACAAAGUGGCUUCGGAAGCUCUCUUGAAGUACCACAUUUUAAACACCCUCCAGUGUUCCGAGGCUAUCAUGGGAGGAGCAGUAUUUGAGACUCUGGAAGGAAACACAAUUGAGAUAGGAUGUGAUGGUGACAGCAUAACAGUAAAUGGAAUCAAAAUGGUGAACAAAAAAGAUAUUGUGACAAAUAAUGGUGUUAUCCAUUUGAUUGAUCAGGUCCUGAUUCCUGAUUCUGCCAAACAAGUUAUUGAGCUAGCUGGAAAUCAGCAGACCACUUUCACAGACCUUGUGGCCCAAUUAGGCUUGGCAUCUGCUCUGAGGCCAGAUGGAGAAUACACUUUGCUGGCACCCGUGAAUAAUGCAUUUUCUGAUGAUACUCUGAGCAUGGAUCAGCGUCUUCUUAAAUUAAUUCUUCAGAAUCACAUAUUGAAAGUAAAAGUUGGCCUUAAUGAGCUUUACAAUGGACAAAAACUUGAGACCCUUGGAGGCAAACAGCUCAGAGUCUUCGUGUAUCGCACAGCUGUCUGCAUUGAAAAUUCAUGCAUGGUGAGAGGAAGCAAGCAAGGAAGAAAUGGUGCCAUUCACAUAUUCCGAGAGAUCAUCAAACCAGCAGAGAAAUCCCUCCAUGAAAAACUGAAACAAGAUAAGCGCUUCAGCACCUUCCUCAGCCUACUUGAAGCUGCAGACUUGAAAGAGCUCCUGACACAGCCUGGAGAUUGGACCUUGUUUGUGCCAACCAACGAUGCCUUUAAGGGAAUGACUAAUGAAGAAAAGGAAAUUCUUAUUCGGGACAAAAAUGCUCUUCAAAACAUCAUCCUUUAUCACCUGACACCAGGAGUUUUCAUUGGAAAGGGAUUUGAACCUGGUGUUACUAACAUUUUAAAGACUACACAAGGAAGCAAAAUCUAUCUGAAAGGAGUGAAUGAUACACUUCUGGUAAAUGAAUUGAAAUCAAAAGAAUCUGACAUCAUGACAACAAAUGGUGUCAUUCAUGUUGUAGAUAAACUCCUCUAUCCAGCAGACACACCUGUUGGAAAUGAUCAGCUGCUGGAAAUACUUAAUAAACUGAUCAAAUACAUCCAAAUUAAGUUUGUUCGUGGUAGCACCUUCAAAGAAAUCCCCAUAACUGUCUACAGACCCACAAUAACAAAGGUCAAAAUUGAAGGUGAACCUGAAUUCAGACUGAUUAAAGAAGGUGAAACAGUAACUGAAGUGAUCCAUGGAGAGCCAAUUAUUAAAAAAUACACCAAAAUCAUUGAUGGAGUGCCUGUGGAAAUAACUGAAAAAGAGACAAGAGAAGAACGAAUCAUUACAGGUCCUGAAAUAAAAUACACUAGAAUUUCAACUAGUGGUGGAGAAACAGAAGAAACUCUGAAGAAAUUGUUGCAAGAAGAGGUCACCAAGGUCACCAAAUUCAUUGAAGGUGGUGAUGGUCAUUUAUUUGAAGAUGAAGAAAUUAAAAGACUGCUUCAGGGAGACACACCUGUGAGGAAGAUACAAGCCAACAGAAGAAUUCAAGGAUCUAGAAGACGAUCAAGGGAAGAUCGUCCUCAGUGAAAAUCCAGACACCAGACAACAAAGUUUACAAAGCCCUAAAUCAACAACCUGAUCUUAAAGGAAAAAUAUGAGAGUUACGCUGACAUGAAGAAAUGAACCACCAACACUAAAAAGCAAUCACUGAACAAUUCUGAAUGCAAAUAUAGUAUUUUUUUUUUCUGAAUGAGAAACAGGAGGGAAAUUGUGGGUUUAGCCUCCUGUGGGAUAGAAUCUGAGGGAAACGUAACACCUUACAGGCUUUUACAUCUUGACAUUAAAAUUUCUGGCUAACUCUGGAAUCCAUGAGAGAAAAUCCUUGCCACUGGAUUAAUUACAGUUCAGAUCUCAGAGUGGUGAGCUGUUACCCCUUGAGAAGACUGAACCUUGAAUAAUGGAGAGAUAAAAUGCAUGCAAGGGGUUACCUCUCAACGGGAAAUGGAUAAAUAAAAAUGGGUGCUCAGUAUUAAAAAAAAAUAAUGUCAAAACCAAAACUUUUACAUCAAAAAGCUUUGCACAUUUGUAAUACAAUGUGGGUUUACCAGAAAAUUAUGUUAUUUCUACAACUAAUUUUGUACUCUUGAAAUGUUUGUCUUAUGCUUCUUGCAAUACAUAUUUUUAUCUCAAACAUUUCAAUAAAUCCAUUUUUCAGGUAUAAAAAGAAUUACUUCAAAUUGGGUAAUUCAAAAAACUCAAGGUUUAAGUUAAUAAGAGGUUUGGACUUGGGAACAGGACUUUAUACCUCUUUUUUUUUUUUUUUAUAACAAAUACUCAUUAAAGGAAAUUGAAUGAAUUUAGUGUUUUUCAAAUUUUUAAAACUAUUAUGAUAUAUAAAUAAUCAUUAUACAAUGAAGCAAUAAUUAAACAUCAACUGAGUACAUAAUAUAACCCUGGAACUGUGCUAAGUUAUGAGGAUUCAAAAGAUGAAUUAGACAACUACUGUCCUCAAAGGGUAAAAAGACAAAUCAAUAAUCCACAAUGUACCAUGGGCUAUAAUAGAAGAAUAAACAGCACUACAGGAGCACAAAUACCUCAAUUAAUUAUUCCUAGGCUUAGGCUAACAUAGAAGGAGCCAAAGAGAUGCCCUUAACAGAGACUUGAAGUAACAUAAGGGUCUACUGCAUGAAAAAGGAGGGGAAGAAAAAUAUUUGUUUGCUGAGAAUGAUAAAGAGAUCAGUUUGAUCUACUCAGAUCUCAACAAAUGUCAUCCUUAUCUUGGACUAGAGAUAAGAGCAGACAGGGAAUAGAACCCAUACUGCUGAGAAACUGACUUGUGAUAGUGUGAUAAAUUAUAUCAUGCAUUGAAAGUUGGUCAUUGAGAGACUAUAAAACUGAGGAAGACCAAACUAAAGAUACUUCUUGGAUCAGAGGCUCAGCACUAGAGUAAUACUAAAGGAUCUGAAAAGAUUUGAGGUAGCUGAAAAGCAUUGGUUCUUUGAGGAGCAAUUGAGGUAAGGAAGCGAGAUAUAAAGUUCUAAUGGUGCCACUAACUGCGGAAGUCCUGGAUAGCCUGGGUUUUCCAGAAUGUUUCCUACUGUGGACAGUGGUGAGAUUUAUGUCUAGCAUUUAGAGCCCUUGCCAAGAAACAAAAUGUCCUACCAACUCAGUACUCAUGUAGAGAAUCUUUGGACUACAAUCUAAACUGGACAGAGUGUGGCUGUGAUUUAACCAAAAUGAUUCAAAGGAGGUGGUUACGUAAGAUGGUGCUGGUAGACUAUAUUACAUCAUCAUCAACACAGAUGGCUAUUCCAGACAGACAGCAUGUUGUUAAUAAUGCUCUGGAAGAUCACAGGUUGAUUGCAUAGAACAAAGAGAAUAUGGAUUCAUUCAGUUAGCUCCCUUCAGGGUUUGCAUCUGAUAAUGAACCAGGUGUUGCAAAGUUCGACUUUGAACAUGGUCAUCGGAGACAGUAGGGAUGAAACCGAGAGUUUUUUUUUAAAGACUGUUACCUUUAAUUUUAAGGCCCUGAUGGGUUUUUUUGUACCAUAGGAGAAAAAAAAUCAGUAUUUGAGAGUAUACAUACAAAAAUCUAGCAUAUGUCUCUGGGAAAAGACAG